GAGCAGGUCUUUGUCGAAGCAGAAGCAUUGGCUGAGAUCUCGUUCUCUCUUCUUCUUCUCCGGCCAUCUUUUCUUGCUUUGUUUCCCAGCCAUUGAAUUCGAAGUAUCCCAGUAUCACAUGUUCAGCAUAAGACGAGGAAAGAGGGGCAAAGAAAAUACCUUAAACAAAGCAAGGUAUUUUCUGACAUCGGCCAAUGAUUGCUGUUGGGCUUUCAGCUUCUCCACGAUGGCUGUUGGCACUGAGGGAAGGAAGAGGAAGAGGAAGGUCGAGCGACCGGGUGCUGAUGACCGACUCAGGCCUCACAUGCCAGUCAAGAAGGCGAUAGAAUUGGUAAAGAACAGCCUUUCCGCUCCCAUGGAAUUGCCUACCUCCCUUUACGUCGAAGCCAAUGACCCCGAUUUCCCCAGAGGUGGAGGGGUCGUUCCGAGUCCGAAUGAGGAGGCAGAGGCUCGGAUGGAAGCGGAAGACGUGUAUGAAAGGGGGAAGAAGGAUUCGAGGAAGAAGGCCAAGACGGGGAAGAAGGGGUCGAAGAGACCGCCAGCGGAUAUUGAGGAUGAUUUGAGUUCUUUUUUCGGCAAUGAUGUUAGGUUUGAUCCCGAGUGCCCUUUAAGAUUGAUGUAGAUUGACAGAGAAUGACCCUUGUAAUGAAGAAAUCGUAUAUUGGGAUUGCCAAUUAUGUUGACAUGAGACGUGAUAUCGGUGAUGAUCAUGAUGUUGCUUCUUCCAUGGAAGAUGUCUUGCUUGGUUUGCAUAAUAAAGAUAGCUUACCUGACUCUCAAAAGAUUUCUGGGCAUGAUAAUGGAGGCUGUGAGAAUCUCAUUCAAUCAGGAACAAGGGUUUCUGUUCCUUCUCUUCAGGUUAUCCUUAAUGACUCGGAAGCCUCUGAUGGUGAUAAUCCUGUAAUUGCAAAUCACAAUGAUAAUGAGAAUUGUGAGGUUGCCAAAAGGAACAAAUACAUGAAGAAAAAGGUCAAGGAGGAAAAGGAGCUCAAAAUUAGUGCUUCUGAAGAGAGGCUACUGAAGGAUGACAUUCCAAGAACAGAAGAUGAAAUUGAGAAAUUGGUUAGGGUCUCCUAAUUGUAGUUUUGUCUGGAUAAAGUACAUGGCUUAUAUACUCUCUCUGGCAGAUAUUGAGAAAGCACGCUCCAUUGCUGAAAGGGAUCUGUUUGGGUGAUGAGGAAGUAAUUCAUGCCUUAUUUUAGAGGGCAACAUGCUUAAGUUUGCCACCCAAAAAAAUGAAGUUCCUGUUCACAAAGUAUCUUAACUAUGAAAAAGCCCAUGGUGACGAAGACCGGGUUGAACAUGUCACGCGGAAGGCAUUGGAAUAUGCCGAGAGCUCUCUUAUUUGAGGUAGACACUUACACAAGUUACAAUCUACGUGCUGUUAAUGUGGAGAAAGUCAACCGGAUCUGUGACAAAGCUUUCCUGCAAGGUACUUGAGGAUCUUCACAACCUGCCUUUGUGGAUUCAGCCAAUUCUUUACCUGAAGAGUCUGCUAUGAAGUUUGCAGUUGCAGCAGCCAGCCAGUUCACAAAUGUAAAUGUCUGCGAAGAAGGUAUCCAGAUCCUCUUGUGAAUGGCAGUUGACAAAAAUGUAAUUUUUGAUAGCAGCAAAGCCUCCGUAUCAACUGUUUGAGAUCUUAUCUACAUCCUGAGAGUUUCGUUUCUGGAAAUUUGAUUUCGAAUUCUUCUGUAAAUGCGGGAAGUGUACUUACGAGUUAAUUCGUUGGCACGACAAACGUUUUAACAAGAUAGAACAUAUUUAUGUUCA